AAAUGAAAGCGGCUGUCAAGCCUAGCACAUACAUUUCUUGUACGUAUCAAAACGAUUAACCAACAAAUAAAUUGUUUUGAUUGUAAAAUUUUAAGAAAAUUUAACAAAAAAAUUCAUCGAAAAUGGCAAAACGUGCCGCAGAUUCAGUCAUUGCUAUUCAAGACCUAAAGCGAUCGAGAAAUGAGUUGGUUGCUAUUACAAGCCGGGACAAGGCACUUCUUGAAACCGGUGUAAAACGAACAUCGAAUCUUUUUUCGCCGAUUAUGCUUCUGGAGGGUCAUGAAGGUGAGGUAUUUGGUUGUGAAUUUCAUCCAGAAGGUGAACAUCUUCUCUCCACCGGUUUCGAUCGAAAGAUUUUACUCUGGACUGUGUACGACGAAUGUGAAAAUGUGAGCAUGAUGACUGGACACACGGGUGCAAUCAUGGAAGCUCAUUUCUCGACCGAUGGUUCGAAUGUAUAUACCUGUGCAACGGACAAAACUCUCUCGAUUUGGGAUGUGCCAACAUCACAGCGUAUCCGAAAGCUCAAAGGUCACACUGGAUUUGUGAAUUCGGUGUGUGCAACGCGCAGAGGCAAUCCGACAUUGGUAUCAGGUUCGGAUGAUUGUACGAUCAAAAUAUGGGAUCCGCGUAAGAAGCAAGUGGUACACACACUGGACAACAAUUAUCAAGUGACGGCCGUUUGUUUCAAUGAUACGGGCGAAUACGUGGUGAGUGGUGGCAUCGAUAACGACGUCAAAGUAUGGGACAUUCGUAAAAAUGAAAUCGUAUACACACUCACUGGCCACUCAGAUACUGUAACUGGUGUGACACUAUCACCAGAUGGUUCGUACAUUUUGUCGAACUCCAUGGAUAAUACGCUUCGUGUGUGGGAUAUCCGACCAUACGCACCGAUCGAACGUUGCAUUCAAACAUUUAUGGGCCAUCAACACAAUUUCGAAAAGAAUUUGCUUCGAAGCUGCUGGUCACCGGACGGUACGCGAGUCUCGGCUGGCUCAAGUGAUCGCUUUGUUUAUAUCUGGGAUUUUAGCAGCGGUCGCAUUUUGUACAAACUCCCUGGUCACAAUGGCAGCGUCAACGAUGUCGAUUUCCAUCCCAACGAACCAAUCGUCCUGUCUGGAUCAAGCGACAAGAAUCUUUAUUUAGGCGAAAUCGACGCAUAAAUCACAUCAAUUUUCAUGAUUUUUUUUGUGUAUGAAUAAAUUUCCAUUUAUUUUUAAUUCAAAUAUUAUAAAAUAACAAAAUGACGAAUUGAAUAAAAUCGAUUUCGAUUUAAAG